CCGCCGGAGCGCGGAUCCUCGGAGCAUCCUGUUGCGUUGUACGGGAGGAGCUGAGCCCGAGGGAUGAUGAGCUCCUCGCUCGGAACAAUGGCUGCGCUGCCGAGGCUGCUCUGCGCUUCUUCGGCCGCUUUGGUCGUUUGGGCUGGUUUUUGUUCUGCAGUAUGUGUUGAAGUUCCAUCAGAGACAGAGGCAGUCCAGGGGACAGACAUGAAGCUGCUCUGCAUCUCCUGCAUGAAGAGGGAAGAGGUCACAGCCAGCACAGUGGUGGAAUGGUUCUACAGGCCGGAGGGUGGCAAAGAUGAACCCAUCUACGAGCACAGGAAAAUGAAUCACGAGUUUCCAAGCCGCUUCAGUGGUCGGAUACAAUGGAAUGGAAGUAAAGACAUGCAGGAUGUAUCCAUCACUGUGUUAAAUGUCACCUUGAAUGAUUCGGGUAUCUACACCUGUAAUAUCACCCGGGAGUUUGAGUUUGAGAUUCACCGGCCUCUCUUCACAAGCUCCAGAUUGAUCCACCUUACCGUGGUGGAGGAGGCUGGAGAAGACUUCACCUCAGUCAUCUCUGAAAUCAUGAUGUACAUUCUGCUGGUCUUCCUCACCUUGUGGCUACUGAUAGAAAUGGUCUAUUGCUACAGGAAAGUCUCUAAGGCAGAGGAGGCUGCCCAGGAAAAUGCGACAGACUACCUUGCAAUUCCAUCAGAAAACAAGGAAAACUGUGCCGUGCCUGUAGAGGAAUAACAGAGAGGUAUCUGCAGAGUGCACAGCACCAAGGGGCUCUGAAGACAGAAGGAUCACGUCAUGCCAGCCAGGUUUGAGGGGGAGCUCUGCGCCAUCAGGAGGAAAUACGGGGAAGUGUAAAUUCUCUUCCAUUUGCCUUGGACUCUGUACAGCCUUGACUUUGGCCUCAUGACUCCAUUCUGAGCUGCCAGCCCAUUUGUUACAGGACUCUCCUUUUGAAGCAUGCUGAGCAAAGGGCACAGGGGGUGUGGGCAGCACGGCUCCUUCCCAAGUUUCAGUUCCAUCAUCACGUUAAUGGCUUUGUAACUGUUAAUGUCAUUUCUUAGCUGCUAUCACCACCACCUUUAUUUGCAAAAUAUGCUAGUUCUCCAUUGCAGACAUAAAGGGUAUGUGUAUUGUUACUCUGACCUGCAGGACUGGGAAUAUCUUCAUCUUAAGGUGAUGAUGUUCCACCACAGCCCAGGAUGUGACUAUAGGUGUUAAACAGGAAGAGUUUAAUUAGUGUAGUUGUUGCUCAGUAAGUUCCUUUGGACUUUGGGCUGCCAGGGUAGAUGCAGAGUAGCAUGAGAACUAAAAAAUGCAUUCAAACAGAUAAAAAUGUGUAGUAGAAAGAUGAGUCCCUGUGCUAUGGUCACACCUGCUUCUGAAGGAGGGAGCUGAGAAUAUAAAUCAUGAAGUACUCCUAAUUUGGGAGGCUGCAUAACGUAAGUAUAAGAAUCCCCUGUCCCAUCCCUUUCACUUAGCAAGAGUUGAAAUUCUUAGUUCCUUCCAUUUGCCUUGUGCAGCAGGUUUACUCCUCCAGCAUACAGAGACACAGUGAUAGGAAUAACCUGUGGAGCCGUGUUCAGCAACCACAGGGGAGCCAGUAAGACAAGGUAUGCCUUUAACAUAUUUCUGGGGGAUGCUCUGAAAGGAAGAACAGGCAAGGAAAGUAACUGGGAUGCAUAGCCCUCUGAGUGGGACACGGCUUUGUAAAAUAAUCCUUGCAAUUGUGAUGGUCGUCUUAUACUGUAUUGCAGCACCACCCAGAGGAAUAGAAAGAAAAUGCUUAUUUUUCCCUAGUCUGCAGUAAUUCUGUUUUGUGAUUAGUCACCGAUUUGAGUAGUCAGUAUUCAUUGUAAAUGACACAUUUCUGCACAGGAAAUACCCUGUAAAUUCAAUGGCACCUAUGCAAAUUUACCUUCUCAAUCUUAGUGGCUUAAGCAGAGUGCAAUUAGUUUGCUGGCUUCGAGUGUAAAUCAGUUGGGCACAACCACCAGGAUUAUGAGGAAAAAAACAGGCAGAAAUAUUGACCAGGGUAAAGUUGUACUUUAGGAUGAAGUGGGGAAAGAUUGAGGGGGUUUUUUUCGUAUGGGAGAUGUUGUUACAUCCCUGCUGCAAUGGAGCCUUUAUUGCUUGCAAGAGCUGACAAAUUUUGCUACACCGACUGCUUCUAAGUACUCUGAAGUGCUUGUGAAUCUCAAGGCAUGCUCUGUACAUAUGGGAUUUCCCCUGCUUAUGUUCUGCUGCAGUUUGUGUUGCUAAAAACCAUAGAAAUGUCUCCAUUUGUAAGUCAGGUCCAGGCCAGAUUUCUAACUGGCUGUUGUUCAAAAUUCCUUUUUUAAGAGCAAGUUUCAACUUUAGCCAGCUGUUACAAUGCAGUUCACAGAGCUGAGUCUGGCAACCUGAGCACGUUUUGCAGCUGAAUCACGCUUGUAGUCUGGGCACCUUGAACUUUAAUACCCCCAAAUGCCUCCUCUUCUCAUUCUGCUGGGUGUCUUCAUUUUCCCUAGGCCAUCUUGCCUGGCCUCAGGGCAUUUGGGGGCAUAAUUCUAACUCUAGAUCCACAGAAACAGAGGAGCUGGCCCUGCAGUUUCCGUCGCUGAUCAUGGCACUAACACCCAGGGUGAUUUUUAGGUAAGGCCAUUAAACCCCUCUCCCACUUCAGCCGUGUUCCUCCCAGCCCUUGUGAAGUGCUGAUAACCUUCUGAUGGUACAACGUUGUGCCAAAAGAAAACCAAAAAACAAGGAGUAAACAGUUUGUUGAGAGCUACCUCGGGUGGUAAGGGAGGGCUGUCCUGUAGUCCUGCACCUUGUGCUAUUUUACACACAUCUUCUUUAGAUGCUUUUUUGGACACAUCUUUCACUUUUCCAAUUCCUGCAUCUGACUAUUGCCCUGUGUUGUCCUAGAUGGGAAAAUGGUGUCUAAAUUUUGCUCAGGAUUCCAACGGUGAAAAAAAAAAGGUUGGUUUAUUUCAAGGGCAGCAUUAAAGGCAGGUUGUGUCCUGGGAGACACGGUCCUGGUUGGGAUCUGAAGAGACCUUCUCUGUGUAUCUGGAAAUGAUAGAAAAGCCUAGAAGCAGGCAGGACAAUAAAAAGAACAAAGCACUCACAAGU